ACGUAAGUGCAAUAUAUGUGCAUCGUGGCGUCACCAGAGAACUCGAUAGUAAGAGCAAGUCUCUGGGUAAUGGAUCUUUGAGCGGGGAACCUUUGACGAUUCUCUUGGGAGUAGGUCGAAGGUGACAGGCCACCGGGUGUACUGUACGGCGUACGCAGUGGCUUCGCAAACCGCACGAUAUUCUCUACUUUGCUCGCGCGGUUUCACGCUCUGCUGCUAUUUUCAAUAGUAUCAACACCCUUAAAUAGUACGAAAACCGCAUAGAGAUCGUCGACAAAGCAGUCAAUAGCGAUCCCCGAGGGUCCUGACAUACAAGUUCCAAUCAUGGGGAAUAUGUUUGCAACGUUAUUCAAAGGUCUUUUUGGCAAAAAAGAAAUGAGGAUUUUGAUGGUGGGUCUUGAUGCAGCGGGUAAAACCACAAUUCUGUACAAAUUAAAAUUAGGGGAAAUUGUCACUACAAUUCCCACUAUAGGUUUCAAUGUAGAAACAGUCGAGUAUAAAAAUAUAAGUUUCACUGUAUGGGAUGUAGGUGGCCAAGACAAAAUAAGACCUUUGUGGCGGCAUUAUUUUCAGAAUACACAAGGAUUGAUAUUCGUCGUUGAUAGUAAUGAUAGGGAACGUAUUGGUGAAGCGCGUGAAGAAUUAAUGAGAAUGCUGGCGGAAGAUGAACUUAGAGAUGCAGUACUUCUCAUAUUUGCUAACAAACAAGAUCUGCCAAACGCAAUGAACGCAGCAGAGAUCACCGACAAGUUGGGGUUACAUUCUCUACGUAAUCGCAAUUGGUACAUCCAGGCAACGUGUGCCACGAGUGGAGACGGACUUUACGAAGGUCUCGACUGGCUUUCCAAUCAGCUGAAAAAUGCCAAUCGCUAA